GUCGACAUAAUGUCUGUGGCUGAGCCUAUCAUCUCGUCGCGACAGACGCAGAAAGAUGUCAACGGGGUCGCUACGCAAGUAGUCUGCACAGGGUUCAGUAAUUACAUAUUUAUUGUCAUAACCCAGUACGGCAAGAUCGGAACACUUGUUUCCCUCACCCCCGAGUCCAGAUGUGAGGAUUUCAGCACUCCGAUGUAUUCCACCAAAGUGCUGCUUGGAAAGGACGAGCCAAUGACACAUGUGUGUGGCAAAAACUUGGGAGCGUUUGUGUCACAAGAAGCCGGCAACAAGCCCGUCUUAAUGGGACUAGCACUGAAGGACUCCUCUGUAGAUUCAAUCAAGCAGAUAAAAGAACUCAUCAAAAGUUGUCAAGUUUGGUAG